AUGGCAUCUCGAGCUGAAAAAAUCGAUCGUUUUCCAAAUAAAAUUCUCAUUAAUGUGUCUGAGAUACAAAAUCUGAAAAGUCCAAGAGCUGAACCAUUAAAUGUAUUUCUUCGUUUUGAAUAUAAUGAUGGGCAAUUUUCUGAGUCAGGAAAAUUCGAUGUCACUGAUGGAAGUCCAAGACCAGUCGAUCAUGUUGCAGUUUUAGCUGUUAAUGCUUCCGAUCCAGUACAAAUUGAUGAUCUAGGACAGAAACCUGUUUUAGUUACACUAUUUGAAGCUGUACCGAAAGAUAAAAAGCAAAAAGAAGACAAAUCAACACCGAUUGGACAAGCUGUAAUUGAUCUUUGGCCUUUGCUCAAAAAUGAAACUCAAGCUUCAAUCGCUUCACCUAUUCAUGCUAUUCCGGGAUCAUAUCUUGAAGCACAAGGAGAACAGAAUCAGCCAUCACUAAGUUUCACUGUCAGCACCGAGCAACCACUUGUUCCUGUUCGCGAUCAAGCCAAUACUAAUGCAGUUCGUAUUACAUUAGAAGGUUUAUAUUCACCCCCAGAAGCAUGGUUAGCUGGUGGAGCAUCAUUUGUUUACACAGCAACAUUACCCAUACCAAUUAAUGAUGAUAAAGAAACAACUGUUGUAUUUACAAAUGGUACACUACGUGCAGCAGCUGAUGCAACAAACAAGCAAAAACGUUGGCCUGACGCCCGUGGAAUUGUUACGCUCAAUGGCAGCUAUAUGCCAGGACAAGCCAUACAGGAAGAAUCCUUUGACGAUGAACAAGGUGAAUUACGUAGUAAAGAUGACAGAGAAUUUCGAACAAAUUCAGAAAAAACUAAACCACAAGUUGUAUGGAAUCUUGAACGACGAUGUUUCUUACUUCCAUUUGGAAGUGCGAGUUUGCAACAUCAACUAACACGUGUACCUUUCAUCGCAGUUGAAGUCGUUCGUACAGCCACUCCGACAGCACCUAAAGGAAAAAAGGAUGACGAUACUGGUAUUAGUUAUCAUGGUGUUGUUUAUAUUGAAACAGCGCCGCUUCUCUAUCCAGGCGCAACAAGACUUCGAGGUGCCUAUAAAAUUGUUCCAUACAAUGAAACUGAAUAUAAAGCAAAGACCAAACGAGCUGGCAAUGUAAUAGAUGAAGCGAUGAAAAUAGCUAAUCAAUUAUUUGAUCGUUCAUCGUUGACUGCCACGAAAAAAGAUACAAAAUUAACCGUAGAUAAACAAGCAACAGCUGCUGCUACCAGUGUACCAAAAAAGAAAACAGAAGCAGGCGAAGACGCAUCUUCAGUAACAACAGAAGCUCAACAAUAUGUUGAACAUAGUUCUUAUGUAACUAUCGAUAUCGUUCUUGACCGACCUAUAAUUGAAAAACGAAAAUUAAGUGAUUUGUAUCGAAAAGUUUCUGAUCUGAUUCCACCUCGUCCGCCUUAUCCAUUAAAAACCAACAGUGCGGGCAAAGCAGUUGACGAUUAUCAUCAACAAAUAAAAAAUGUUUGUAAUUUAAUACUUGACGAAUAUCGAAAAGUAUGUAUCGAUGAUAUUACUGUAGAGGGAACUCUCCCAAACGAUCAAAAACGUCGCAAAUUAUUAUAUGAACUUAAUUCAACUGGUAAAUAUUUUGCAUUUAAAGAACAACUUAAGCAUAGUGUGAUAAAAAUUGUUCGAGAAAAAUAUCUUCGUACAAGUAAAUUCAAUGAUCCUGAUGAACUUCAAACAUUUAUUAGUCAAUUAUACGUAUUUCUUCUUGAUGAAAUGCAUCGCUCAUUAAAUAAAUCAUUGAAUAUCGAAGAACCUGAACCAGUACCGCCAUCAAGAAAUACGGAUCCACAAUUACGUAUGUUUGCACUUGAAGCCGAAAGUAAUGGUGAUUAUCUAUUAGCUGCUCAUUAUUACAAACAGCGUCUUGCACAAAGUUCGGAUAAACUUCGUCCAUGGCUUGAUUAUGCUGCUUUUCAUUUACUUGUCAAUGAUCUGAUUAAAGCUGAAGAAUGCCUUAAAGAAUGUAUUGCAAUUGAACAAACAAAUAGCACUGUAUUAAUCUUAUAUGCGGUUCUCAAUGCUGUAUUGGAGAAUAAUGAAGUUGCUGAUUUAUUCUUUGAAACUGCUACAACUCAAGAUAGUGAAAAUGUUAUUGCAUGGUCACUUUAUGCUAUCUUUCAAAAACAUAUUGGCGAUGAAAAAAAUGCUCAAAUCACAUUAGCAAAAGCAGAAAAACUCCAACGAGCUAUUUUAAAACAUGAAGAAGAACAAACUGCAUCAGCUAAUAUUCAAUUAACAUCACCAAUCAGUGAUGAAAAACGUGAAGAAGAAGAAAAAGAUCGUCUUGGUGCCGAAGAAAAAGAAGAAAUAACAAAAAGUUCCGAUUCUCAAUUAAAUGUUGCAUCUAAAAGUCGUCUUAGCCGUAGCAGUCGAUCAAGUAAACAAAAAAUAGUAGAAAAAUCUAAAUCUACUGUCAAUGAACCAAUCACGACUAGAAAAUCACAAGAUAUUUCUAGUGUCAUGGAAAUCGAAAAAGUCACAACUAAAAAAAGUAUCUAUCUCAAAUCAGCUGAAUUCUUGCUCAAAUACAAUCUUGCGGCUUGGGCAGAAAAAGCAUUAGCCUAUGAAUUUCUUGCUAAUAGUGGUAAAGAUCAACAAGUGGAAAUUACUUUAGCCAAAGCGAGAAUCCUUCAACAAGAUUUCUCAGCAGCUGAAUCACAUAUUACACAAGCAUUAUCGAUUGAUUAUGAAAAUGUUGAAGCAUGGGCACUUUGGGGACAUGUUAAAUAUUUACAAUUAGAUUUCGAGGCUGCAAAAGGUCGAUAUCAACGUACAUUAGUUUUUUCAGAAAAACCACCAGAUCUUCAUACAGUUUAUAUUCGACUUGGUGCGAUUUUAUUAUCGGAAGUCAAGGAAUCGAGUUAUUCUGAAGCAAAAGAAAUAUUUUUACGUGCUUGUCGCUAUCAACCAACAUGUACAACAUAUUUAGGCCUUGGUGUUGCUUGUUAUCGAAUGAAUCAAUAUGAUGAUGCAGAAGAAGCACUGACAGAAGCGAAUUUUCUUAAUAAUCAAAGUGCAGAGGUUUGGGGUUAUUUAACUCUUAUUUGUUUACAAACCAAACGAUACAUUGAAGCUGAACAAAGUUAUAAAUAUGCCAUUAAGCUUGAUCUUCCAGCAGGUCCAUUACUUGAUGAAAUCAAGACAGUACAACAUCAAGUUGGUUUUGGGAAUCCAAGUUUUUAG